CUCCUUAUAAAUGAAUCCAACAUUAGCACAUUCUUCUUACUUCUAAUAGUAAGUUUUAACAAAAAUCCACAAGAAAAAAAAUUGAGCAUGCUGCAUAUGGAGCUUAGAUCUACCUUCACCACCUGCUUCUUUCUCUUUCUCAUCCUUGCUCUGCCCCAUUUCCUAAGAGGGGAAUCAGAAGCAUUAUUACAUUCAGAGAUUUAUGAGAUUGAUUAUAGAGGUCCUGAGACUCACUCGUCUGUUCCCCCUCCUCAUCAUUCUGGUGGUCAUCCUCAUUCAACUAGUCAGAAAGCACUGAUCAGUGGUAAUCACGAAGAAAAUAAGGUUAAGGAAAUCCGUGGAUGAGGAAGGUUUACAAAUAAAAUAGGCUACGACCUUGUGUUCUCAUACGGAAAUGCUUUUAUUUAUAGAGUGUAAUUAUUGGAACGUUGAGAUAUAUUGUACCAUUGUGAUCUGGUAUGUGUACUUGAUUAAAAAAUUCUGAACAUAAAGAUGUUUAAUGAAUCAUAUUGGAUUGUAAGUUGAAAUAGUCAAAUUGUAAAUUAGUUAUUGGGAAAUAACCCUUUGAACCUCCCCAAGGUUUACUUUAUCCCUA